AUGACUUUGCCCGCACUGGGCGCAUGGCUCUCUACGGUGGAGGUGAGUCGUAUCAUCAAGAAAUUGUCAAAGUUGGCUUCGCUAACUGAAUGGCUACUUGCAGCUGUCUUCGGUCCCCUCGCUACCGGCUGGUUCGGUGUCCUUCAGCGCCAUGUCGUCCUCAAGGGCACCACUGCCACCACUGUUGCCCGUGUCGCAGCUGACCAACUAUUCUUUGCGCCCGCACAAUUGACUCUGUUCCUUUCGUCCAUGGCUAUUAUGGAAGGAUCCGACCCUGUCCAGAAGCUGAAACAUUCCUUUGUUCCCACCUACAAGGCCAACUUGAUGGUCUGGCCUUUUGUCCAGGGCCUCAACUUCACAUUUGUCCCCCCUGGAGCUGCGUGUGCUUACAGUCAACGUGGUCAGCUUGGGUGGGUUGCUAUUUUACCAUGGUACCAUGACUUCAGUACUGACAAUGUUCUCAGGCUGGAACUGCUUCUUGAGUAUCCUCAACAGCAGCUAAGUGAACAAUCACAUCUGAUAGAAUAUAAUGUGCUUUUUUGUAUGGGCACAGUGUUUGAUCUCAAUUAUCAUUGUUUAUGUUGUUCAUAG